AUGACCUAUUUGGGUCCACUGUCUACUUUCUUGGGUAUUGAGAUCACUUCUCAGUCUGAUGGCUUCCGUCUUACUCAGCAGCGAUAUACUCUUGACCUUCUUGCUCGCUCUAGCUUGACUGAUACUCGCACUGCUGCUACACCCAUGGAGCUUCACUUGCAGCUCCGAGCUUCUGAUGGGACUCCUUUACCUGAUCCCUCUCGAUAUCGACAUCUUGUUGGCAGCUUGGUUUACUUGGCUGUCACCCGUCCUGACAUUUCUCAUGCAGUCCAUAUUCUGAGUCAGUUUGUUGCAGCUCCUACUUCUCAUUAUGUACAUCUUCUCCGAGUGUUCGCGCUAUCUUCGUGGUACCGCAUCUCGUGGUCCUGUUCUAUUCACGUCAUUCCACUCUUCAGCUACAGGCCUAUUCGGAUGCUACUUGGGCUAGUUCCCCUGAUGAUCGCUUUUCUCAUAUCAGUUCAUCGUAUCUUUCUUGGAUCUUCUCUCAUUGUUUGGAAAACUAAGAAACAGCAUACAAUAGCCAAGUCCAGAUCUCGAGGUCGAGGAGUUAAAGUUGAGUACAAUAAUUUGUGGCUGACAAACAGAAGUUCAUUCAAUUGCAUGGGUCUCACCUCUUGUACUGGAUUGAGAAUGUCAAAAUUCAACAUGGUUCACUUGCUCUUCAGAAAUGCACAGAACACUCAACUGACACUAUCAAUCAGAGGAUGUUCAGAGCUGGAGAAGCAGUGUAAUCCAGGAGAUUAUUGCCAGCGUCUAUUCUGA